UGUAACGAGUCUACUACCUACAUUGCUUACAAUGAGACAAGAUUUAUAAAACUGUUACUUUUACCUUCUCAGUGAAGCAGGAUUUUAUGACUGUUACUUUACCUUAGCAUGACAGCAUAUACUGUUUCAUAGAACUCUAUUUUUUCAGAUUGACAGACGUUGUCUGAUUCUUCAAAGCUAAAUGGUUGUGAUAUACCCAUCAUCACUCGGUGCUUUUAAGCAAAAAGAGAAUCAGAAAGUUAGGGAAUUGGAGAAGUGAAUGGAAUUCUUGAAGUUUCCUUUUCUCAUAUCAUGACUCCGGUAAACAUCACAGCCUCAUUAACAAUAACCCUAUAUUUCAUUACCUGUAAUGCUUGUGUAUAGUAUGAGUUAACUCUGGGUUUCCCCCAUUGAAUUUUGUCUCCAUAUGCUUUCUCAGAAAGGACUGCCGGGUUUCUUGUGUCUCUGUUUAUUCCCCACAGCUUGCUUUCCCAAUUGAGUUGGAAUAAUAAUCAUUUGCUUCCUUCAAAUUUUGCAUUGGAUACCAAGCCUUUUAUCUUAUGAAAAUUUUAGAAGAUCAAAAAACGAACAGGAAUUUAACACAAAUGGCCGGCCUUAAUCUCAUCCUGAAUGGGAUAUAUCUCUCCAAUUGGAAAGCUUGUUACUGAAAAUGUCUAUUUCAAGUUUCACAUGGAUUUUUUUAAUUGAUAAUUUGAUAGGUGGCAUCAGAAUGUACAAAAAAACUUGUUAAAUAUCUUGUCAUGGAUGAUAUCAGUUGUUUUCUUGCAAGGUUUUUGCCAUCCAAUAAAACAACCCCAGCAGGUCAAAUGCCAAAUUUUGUAUUCAAUCAAAGGCCUCUCCACCAUGAUAUCACUUCUGAAUUUUCACAUUUAAAAACCUGCAUUGAAAUAUAAAAAUAUGCUGCAAACCACAGCCUAAACAGAAAGUAAGGAAACAGACAAACUGAAAGGAUUCCUUUUUAAGGGGAGUAACAUGGUUGUCAGGACCAUGCAUAACAAACCCACAUCAAACUACCCCCACAUGGACUAUUAAGAGUUCUGUUCGGAAAAAAAUACCAUUUUCCAGCUGAAAUAAAAGCAGGAAAGCAAUAAAAUUCCGAUGAUUCGAUUAAGGGUGAUUAGUUUAGUUCUUCUAUUCCUGCUUUUCCAUGUCGAUGCACAGUCCCCCUCUAGCGUGAAUAAUCCAGCUACAGGAGAUGCUGUCUCAAAUUUCCGACCGAGUCUUGCGGUUGUCAUAGGUAUUCUCUGUGUCAUGUUUACCUUAACAUUUUUCCUGCUUGUCUAUGCCAAAUGCUGUCACAGGGGAGCAACCGUUCAUGGUAAUCAUCCUCCUAGAAUACUCCAUCGGACGAGGUCUCAGCUCUCCGGGAUUGACAAGAAAGUUAUAGAAUCGCUUCCUUUCUUUAAAUUCUCUUCCCUUAAAGGAUCAAAACAAGGGCUUGAAUGUGCGGUUUGCCUAUCAAAAUUUGAAGAUAUUGAAAUUCUAAGGCAGAAGGUCAACGCUAAGGACCAAACAAUCUUUACAUACUCAAAUAGUAUGCGGUUCUUACUGAAUCAAUCUGAGCUAAGAGAGGACUCUGACAUAGAGCUGUAUGUCCAGAGAGAGCAAGAGAAUGGCUCAUCAAGAUUCAGCAUUGGAAGCAGUUUCAGGAAAACUGAAAAGGGCGAUAUCGAAAAUGAAGUUCUAAUUCAAGAAGAAGAUUGUGACAAGGAUGGUGAUGGGAGGGCCUUCCAUAAGUUUAAUCACAAGAUCAUUGUAUCUGAUGUAGUUUUGAAAAACCGAUGGAGCAGUGUGAGUUCUUCAGACCUGAUGUUCUUGAACUCCGAGAUGCUUAAUGAUAUCUCGAGCAACAGAUUUUCUUCCCUGGAAACGGAUGAUGUGCGGUUUACAAAAACUAGACCAAUUGAAAACGAGCAAAUUAUGAAGAUCAAGGAGGAGAUGGAGAUAAAGAGAUUGUUUGAGAGAAAAGUUAGUUCAAUUAACAAAGACAACCCAGUUUCAGCUCCUGGUCUUCCUUCAACAUCAAAUUCUGCAGCCACUUCGAGUCAUACAUCAAGGGUUGUUAAUCAAGCUGAGAAAAGAUCAAUGUCAGAGAUCACUGCUGUAUCGAGGUUUCGAGAUGUGAGUACAAGAAACAGAAUGAGUGAGUCUUCAUUGUCUGAAACUUACACAAAGGAGGAAAGAAUAAGGCGGCUUUGGUUGCCAAUUGCUAGAAGAACCGUCCAAUGGUUUGCAAAUAGAGAAAGAAGGUCUCAACAAUCUCAGAAUACAACACAGCAUUUAGAUGUUUGAACCUGUUGAUUGAUGGAGAAAAUUUAAUUUAGGUAGCUGCAUUUCGUGCAUAAUUUCAAUAGCCAAAGCUACACAAUUCCUUUGAUUAUUUUCCCUGAUUUUACAUCAAUCUCAUUCUUUUUUUCUUUUUUUUCCUUAAGGAUUAUGUUUCUGUAAUGGACAAAUGUCCAAAAAACACAGAAAGUGACAGGUAUCUUUAUCGACUCCAUUUAUUGUGUUUUGUUACAUAAGCAACAGCGACCAAAAAGCCACCUUCUUAAUUCAUCUUCUACGUAAGCAAAAGGAGCCUGCUUGC